UGGCUCCCCGGGCACAGCUCGUCCUGCUGAGGAAGCUCUGCAGCAGGAACAGGGGCAGCACCCAGGAGCUUGCCUCGGGGUGCCCCCCACCCCACUGUGCGGUGCGAUCACAGCAGGAGCGGCUGAGCGAGUGCAAGGGCAUCUGCAAGACACCUGCAGGCACCAGCGUCUCACCCAGCUGCGGGACCGGGUGCAGGAGGGAGCUGAGCAUUGCGAAGCCUUUGGCACCUAAGCCCUGGGUUUGGCAGCAGCGGGAGGAAGCAGCUGUGGGGCAGGGAAGUGUUCCAGUGUGCGCGGGUGAGUCACUGCACAAACCCACCCCUGCUGCAUGCUGUGAGCCCCGUGAGAGGGACAACACACACAGCUUCUCCCCAGGAGUGUGAUGCAGCCCCCCCCCCGAUGGCACAGGGAGGUCGUUCGACAUGAGUGUGGCUGUCCUCUUUCUCCUGGGGCUGGGGCUGUUGGAGGCAGAAUGCAGGUGCUUCUUCAACCGCACUCAGGAGCACUGUGUGUGCUACAGCCUGUCCCAGAAAAGCGUUGACAGCAUCAUCCAGUGCCUCCCAGCCUCUGUUGUGGAGUUUCGUGGGGGAGACCUGGAGAGAUACGUAGCCUUCACCAUCAGUGACCCAGACCCUUCUACCAUUAACAUGCUGGGCUCCCUGCUAUUCAGGAAGAUCAUCUUUGGUGAUCUCCUGGUGCCCGAGAUACUCCUCGCCCAAGUGCUGAGGUUCUUCUCCUACACCCACGUCCAGGAGCUGGUGUUUGACAGCUGUGUGUUUGAGGGCAGAGGCAAUUGGGACAGAAUGGCCGGCCAGGACUUGCCCAUUUUGUCCCUGCGCUUCCACAACGUGAGCUCUGCUGCACUGAUGGGCCACGAGCAGGACUUCUCCAGCCUGAGCAGCUUCCUUGGGGCCCUGCAGGAGCUGUCCCUCACCACCUCCCGCCUCACCAGCCUGCCCUGUGCCAUCGGGAGGCUCUUCACAACCCUGCGCUCCCUGGACAUGGCACAGAACAGCCUUGGGGAUGAGAGCCUGAUGUCUGCUUUCUGCAGUGGGGCUUUCCCUCAUCUCCUGGUGCUGAGUCUGCAGCGCAACAACCUGACAUCCUACCACAGAGUGUGUGAGGGCGUGCAGCUGCUGCGGGAGCUCCAGCAUCUCGACCUCAGCCAGAACAAGCUCACAGCAGACCCGUCCUCCUCCUGCCAGUGGCCGCAGUCCCUCCGCAGCUUUAACUUGUCUGACACUGGCUUGGAAGAGGUCCUCACACCUCUGCCCCCCAGCCUGGAAGUGCUGGACAUGAGCUGCAACCACCUCCACGCUGUAGACAUCUCCCUCGGCUCCUUGAAGAAGCUCUUCCUGAGCCAAAACAUGCUGGAGGCUGCGCCCUCCAUCAGGAAUUACCCCUUGUUGGACACCCUGCACCUGGACAACAACUCCAUCACGGAGCUGCCGUGGGAUGAGAUGAAGAACCUGCAGGACGUGGCCGCAGCCGACAACCCCUACAUGUGCUCAUGCUCCGAGGCGGGGGGGCUGCAGGCACUGGCGGCCAUGGGGCAGCUGGGGCAGGGCUGGCCCCAGCACUACAUGUGCCACGCUCCGCCUCGCUACCGGGGCAGGCUGGUGGAGGACGUGCCGGUCUCGGUGCUGCAGUGUAACAGUGCUGCUGUGGUUGUCCCCAUCUGCAUCGUCCUGGUCCUGAUCGCCGUGGCUGGAGCUGUCUCCUUGGUCAGAUCCAGACCUGGGCUCAUCCGAUCCUGCCCCAGAGUGUGAAGGGGACCUGUGACUAUCCCCAUGGAGGCUGCAAGGCCAGGAGCUCUGUGGGAAGACUCACAGGUCCCCCAGGUGCAGGUAAAGGGCUCUGUGUCCCUGGUUGUCGUGGUUUAAGCCCAGCCAGCAACUAAACACCACACAGCCACUCACCCCCUGCCUGUGGGAUGGGAAAGAGAACUGGAAAAUGGGUAUAAAACCUGCGGGUUGAGGUGAGAAGAGUCUGAUAAUUGAAAUAAAAAUAGAAUAAUAAUAAAACAAUAACA